AUGAAUCUCAACAAUUCCAGCAUGGAUGGAGCCGGCGUGGUGGUGGAGAGAGACUUCUCCUUCCGAAUCCUCACAGCAUGCUUCCUGUCCGUCCUCAUCCUGUCUACCUUGCUGGGGAACACGCUGGUCUGUGCGGCCGUCAUUCGCUUCCGACACCUGCGAUCGAAGGUGACCAACUUUUUUGUCAUCUCCCUGGCCGUGUCCGAUCUCUUGGUGGCCGUGUUGGUCAUGCCCUGGAAAGCUGUGGCCGAGAUCGCUGGCUUUUGGCCCUUUGGCUCUUUCUGUAACAUGUGGGUGGCGUUUGACAUCAUGUGCUCCACGGCGUCCAUUCUGAACCUGUGCGUGAUCAGCGUGGACCGCUACUGGGCCAUCUCCAGCCCUUUCCAGUACGAGAGGAAAAUGACCCCCAAAGUGGCGUUUAUCCUCAUCAGCGUGGCUUGGUUGCUGUCUGUCCUCAUUUCCUUCAUUCCUGUCCAGCUGAGCUGGCACAAAGCCAAACCCCCUGGCCCCACGGAAGGCAAUGUCACCACGCUGGUGGCCGAAGCAGCCACGGAUGAUAACUGUGACACGAGACUGAGCAGGACAUACGCCAUCUCCUCUUCCUUGAUCAGCUUUUAUAUUCCCGUGAUCAUCAUGAUUGUCACCUACACGAGCAUCUAUAGAAUCGCCCAGAAACAGAUCCGGCGGAUCUCGGCCCUGGAGAAAGCAGCUGUCCACGCUAAACAGUGCCAAGUGGCCACGGGCAACGGGAACCCCGUGGAUUGUUCGCAGUCGGAGAGUUCCUUCAAGACGUCCUUUAAAAGGGAGACCAAAGUCCUCAAGACCCUGUCGGUGAUCAUGGGGGUGUUCGUGUGUUGCUGGCUGCCGUUCUUCAUCUCCAACUGCAUGGUGCCCUUCUGUGAAUCUGGCGAGACGCAGUCCUUCUGCGUCGACUCCAUCACCUUCGACGUGUUUGUGUGGUUCGGGUGGGCCAAUUCUUCCUUGAACCCCAUCAUUUACGCCUUCAACGCCGAUUUCCAGAAGGCCUUCUCCACCCUUCUGGGCUGUUACAGGCUUUGCCCUGCCACCAACAAUGCCAUCGAGACGGUGAGCAUCAAUAAUAACGGGGGGCCCAUGUUUUCCAGCCACCACGAGCCACGAGGAUCCAUCUCCAAGGAGAGCAAUUUGGUGUAUUUGAUCCCACACUCCGUGGGCUCCGAGGACCUAAAAAAAGACGAAGUCACCGGAGCCACCAAACCCUUAGAGAAAUUGUCCCCUGCUCUCUCGGUCAUUCUCGACUACGACACGGAUGUGUCCCUAGAAAAAAUCCAGCCCAUCACCCACACAGGCCAGCACCCAACUUGA